AACGUAAACGGAGAACGUUUUGCCGCGAAACCUCUAGCGUGGCAGGCAUUUUGGACACAGGAGUUCCGUCAAAGCCGGGAGGAAAUUAUAUUGCACAUCUGUUAUAACGUUAGCAAUUAUAGACGACAACAAUUUAGUCUAUUAUUUGUUAAAAGUGAGUCACAGCAAAAAGAUCUUUCAAAAUGUCCGGAUUUGACGACCCAGGAGUUUACUACAGUGACAGUUUCGGUGGAGGAGAAGGCAUUGGGGAUGAAGGGGUUGUGAAACGCAGCCAGAUAAAAAAGCGGUUCCGUGAGUUUUUGAGGCAGUUCAGAGUCGGUACCGACCGCACUGGAUUUACCUAUAAAUACAGGGAUGAUUUGAAGAGGCACUACACUCUUGGAGAGUACUGGGUGGAAGUGGAGAUGGAAGACUUGGCCAGUUUUGAUGAAGAUCUGUCAGACUGCCUUUACAAACUGCCUACAGAGAACCUACCUCUGCUGGAGGAGGCAGCACAGGAAGUAGCUGAUGAGGUAACACGCCCACGGCCAGUAGGAGAAGAGACCGUGCAGGACAUCCAGGUCUUGUUGAAGAGUGACGCCCAUCCAGCCUCAAUUCGUAGUCUGAAGUCAGAGCAGGUAUCUCGUUUGGUGAAGAUCCCUGGUAUAAUCAUCUCCUCAUCGGCUGUUAGGGCCAAAGCCACCAGAGUGUGUCUGCAGUGCAGGGGUUGCCGUGCGGUCAUCAGUAACAUCCCUCUGCCCCCGGGACUCCAGGGCUACGCAUUGCCACGCAAGUGCAACACAGAGCAGGCAGGCCGCGUGAAGUGUCCCGUGGAUCCCUACUUCAUCAUCCCAGACCGCUGUGUGUGCGUGGACUUCCAGACCCUGCGAUUGCAGGAGUCUCCUGACGCAGUACCUCACGGUGAAAUGCCCCGCCACAUGCAGCUUUACUGCGACAGGUACUUAUGUGACCGUGUUGUACCAGGGAACAGAGUCACCAUCAUGGGCAUCUACUCAAUUAAGAAAGUUGCUCAGCUCAAGAACAAAGGUCGUGACAAAGGGGCUGGUGUAGGUAUCCGCUCUGCCUACCUCCGCGUAGUGGGUAUUCAGGUGGACACGGAGGGAGCAGGCAGAGGAGCCACUGGGUCAGUCUCUCCUCAGGAGGAAGAGGAGUUGAGGGCUCUGGCUUCUUCUCCCUCAAUCUAUGACUCGCUCGCUUGCUCACUCGCCCCAUCCAUCUAUGGCAGUGACGAUCUGAAGAAGGCCAUCGCAUGCCUCCUCUUCGGAGGCUCCAGGAAGAGAUUGCCAGACGGUCUGACUCGUAGAGGGGAUAUUAAUCUACUAAUGCUAGGAGACCCAGGAACAGCCAAGUCUCAGUUGCUGAAGUUUGUGGAGAGAUGUUCUCCUAUUGGGGUGUACACCUCUGGUAAAGGCAGCAGUGCCGCUGGCCUCACUGCCUCCGUGCUCCGGGACCCCAACACACGGGGCUUCAUUAUGGAGGGCGGGGCCAUGGUGCUGGCUGAUGGGGGUGUCGUCUGCAUUGAUGAGUUUGACAAGAUGAGAGAGGAUGACCGAGUAGCCAUCCAUGAAGCUAUGGAGCAGCAGACCAUAUCUAUUGCCAAGGCUGGCAUUACGACCACUUUGAACUCUCGCUGUUCGGUGCUGGCUGCGGCCAACUCUGUGUUUGGCCGCUGGGACGACACAAAGGGGGAGGACAACAUUGACUUCAUGCCCACCAUCCUGUCCCGUUUCGACAUGAUUUUCAUUAUCAAGGAUCAGCACGACCAGCAGAGAGACAUGACGCUGGCUCGGCAUGUGAUGAAUGUGCACUUGAGUGCCCAGACUCAGACCGAGGGUGUGGAGGGUGAAAUUCCUUUGGCCACUCUGAAGAAAUACAUUGCAUAUGCCAGAGUGAAAUGCGGGCCACGGUUGUCUGCCGCAGCAGCAGAGAAGCUGAAGAACCGCUAUGUGGUGAUGCGCAGCGGUGCGAGGGAGCACGAGAGAGAGAGUGAGCGCAGAGCCUCCAUCCCCAUCACCGUCAGACAACUGGAGGCAGUGGUGCGCAUUGCCGAGUCCUUGGCUAAGAUGAAGCUACAGGCUAUUGCUGGAGAGGAGGAGGUUGAUGAGGCUCUGCGACUCUUCCAGGUGUCCACACUGGACGCCGCAUUGUCCGGCAGCCUCUCAGGUGUGGAGGGUUUCACCACCCAGGAGGAUCAGGAGAUGAUCUCCCGCAUUGAAAAGCAGCUGAAGAGGCGGUUCGCCAUUGGCUCCCAAGUGUCUGAACACAGCAUCAUCCAGGACUUCACCAAACAAAAAUACCCAGAGCACGCCAUCCAUAAGGUUCUGCAUUUGAUGCUGCGGAGAGGAGAGCUGCAGCACCGCAUGCAGAGGAAGGUGCUCUACAGGAUCAAGUAGAUAUUGUGCGUGUGCGCACACGCACACCUCCUCUUAAAUAAAUGCCCAAGGUAAAUGGACUGAGCAAGGUCUUUUCCAAAAUCCCAAAAAGUGGGGGGGGGGGACAAUGAAUAAAUGAAUGAAUGAAUAAAUAAAUACAAAUUGUCCAACCUAUUUACAAAUGUUGUUGUGUUCUUCUGAUUGCAAAGUUUUAGUUAAUUUUGUGCAUUGUACCUUGACAUCUGAGGCAUAUUAAUCCCAGCAAUGAUUUGAGUAUAGUAUGAAAAUUGUGUGUUACUGUUGCUCUUUUAGAUUUUCAUGCUUCAGUAAUGUUAAAAGCUUUUCUACUUAAUGUUGAUGACUGUGAGGCUUGUAUAGUGCUUUCCCAAUUAAAAGGGAAAUUUUGGAUCAUUUUGUAUGAGAAGUUGUUGUAAUAAAGCAUGGUGGAACUGU